UACAAUUUUUGAUUGUUGUUCGAGAAGGGUCAACAAUUUUUCUUCGAGACAGAAACUCAACAACUUGCCAUUUCCUCGUCCGUUCCAAAUUUUAGUCCACAGGCGAGAACUUCCUCCGGUCGAGGUCCUCCAAUCAUGGUGGGGCGGCGUCGGGAGACGCGGGGGAGAAUUGGACGCCUCACGGUGUUCCUCGCUGUGACGCAGGAGGUUUCUGCGAGGACUUCUGGAACCUCCUCUGUGUCGACUUCCCGGUUGUUUUUCGGUAGUUCCAAGCGUAGCGGUACAAGUUCAAAAAUAUCAAAUGCCCGUCGCCGCGAAGAGACACAUCAUAGUACCAAGGACGUCAAGUGCAUUAUGCCGACCGUUUUCCCCAAGAACACGUACAUUCCCCGCGACGACACGCGGAAGGACGAGUUUGACCCGGGGUACGAACUGCAACUGGCCUGCCAGAAGGGCUUUGUCGGCGAGCCGCCCAAGAUGGUUUGCCAGGAAGCGGGGUACUUCAAAACGGUCAUCGAGGAGUACGGGUGCGUGCCGAAACCCCGGUGCCCGGCACCCCGACCGGAGAAUCACAACGCGGUGUUUGCGAACAUCACGGACCCGGUAUCCGAAGUCAAAACGUUCCCACCCCAGAGUUGUGAUGCAAAUUUGCAUGCCAAAAAAGUUCCUCAUGCGGAGCCUCAUGAGAACCAUCUGCAUCUUCGAGUCGUGUUUUGGAAUUUGUGAUGCUAGAAUCAGCAUGAUAUGCUAGAUCUGUGCUGCUUCGGAACUAGCUAAACAGGUUUACACUACCAGGACAAACCUGUCAUGCGAAACAACCAUAGCUGGUUGAUUUGUCUAGCGGAUCUUGACUAAGUAUGGUAUGGGGACGUUUUUACUCAGUAUACCCGGUGAAAGGCGCACAAUACCAGUGCGCUGAGGGGUACUCGUUGGACGGCCGGGACGGAGGCAGCUACGGGGCCGGGCACAACAUGUUUUUCUGGGUCAAGUGCGACAUUGUAAACGAGGUGUGGGAGGACUGGGCGGGCAAGUGCCAGGAAGUGCAGAUUAACGAGGCAGAGGCCUUCAAAAGCGUGUUUCAGAUUCUCUUCAACGUCGACUGCAAAAAUGGGGUGCUCAGGCCGUCGUUGGUACGAGUUACAAAGCUUUGUUUUAUUCAUUGUGAACUUGAACCCCAUCAACCCCUCCGCACGUCCCCCCCAAGUGCAGGAUAAAUGAUGACGGUGAUGCUUGUCUUCUAGUUCGAGGUAGACAUCAGAGAUACGAGUCUGCUCAUUUGUCGAAGGAGCUGCACAUGAUCUGGGCACUCGGGUUCUAGUGAGACAGCAUUGAAAAAAAAAACACAAUGGUGCCCAUAACAAAUAUGAGAAACAAAGCACUUGCUUCAAAUUAUUUGCAGUUCAAAGCGAAAUCCGGCCCAGACUACGGCAAGAAGAUGUGCGCGGGAGCUCCGGCGGACGCAAAGGGAACCUGCGACGGGCUAGUGACCACUUUGGAGUCGGCGAUGAAGGCGGACUGGGAAAACCGCGAGACCGCCGCCACGGAAUUCUGCGAGAAGAUGUGGACAGAGGUCAUUGGCGGGGAUACGGGGGAACAAUUAUGAGGGCCACGACUGCAGGGACGCACUUUAGUUUCGUCUCAAGAAAAAUGAAGAUGGUAUAAGAUAUGCAUUUGAAGAUCAUGGGACAAGAAAGACACAGCUCGGGCAUUUGUCAGUUCUACUUCUAUUUUUUCUUUUCCGGAAGCGAUAGCUCCACAUCUUUUGAGUGGAAGUCGUGCUGAGUAUAUUUUACGUUUUGGUGGUCGCUAAGUACCUCUUCAAACCCG